AAAAAUGGAGAAUUCGGAGUCGAUAGUGGCCUGCAUUUCUUGAAAAUGCAUUGCACGAAAGGGCUUUCUGUGGGAAACUCAUCACUACUGGUUCUUUUAGAAUCAUGCGAAUCCCUCAAGCAAGCCCUUCAGAUUCAGGCUCAAAUCAUUAUCCAUGGUUUUCACCAUGACAUUUUUCCCAUUAGCAGACUUAUCUCCACUUUUGCCUUGUGGGGUUCUAAAGAUGGUCUUCUUCAUUCUCGAAAACUUUUCUCACAACUUGAUAAGCCAAAUAUUUUUAUCUGGAACACCAUGAUCAGAGGCUACUCUCACAGUGAUACACCUCUUCAAUCACUUGUCCUCUAUAUGUCCUUGCUUUAUAGAGGAAUUGAGUCCCCAAAUAACUUUACAUUUCCAUUUCUUCUUAACUCCUGCGCGAGGCUGUCAAGCCUCAGGCCGGGUUUUCAGAUUCAUUGUCAUAUAACUAAGUUUGGGUUUGAGUGGGACCUCUUUGUAAGGAACGCUUUGAUUCAUUUUUACUCAUUUUUUAGGUGUACAAACCAUGCCCAGAAAGUUUUUGAUGAAAGUCUUGUUAGGGAUAUUGUAUCAUAUAACACCAUGAUAAACGGGUAUGCUCAAGCUCAGCAACCUUGUGCUGCAUUGCAGUUGUAUAGAAAGAUGAAAGACUCUGAUAUACAGCCAGAUACGUUCACUUUUGUAGCUUUGUUCUCUGCUUGUUCAGUGUUGAAUGAUCCUAGGAUUGUAAAGCGGAUUCAUGCUUUGGUGUACAAGAAUUUGAUUUGUGUUGAUUCUAAUAUGUUGCUUAAGACAGCUGUUAUUGAUAUGUAUGCUAAAUGUGGGUUGAUGAAUGCCGCUGAGAGGGUUUUUGGUACAAUGAGGACAAGUGAAAAUAUUGCAGCGUGGAGUUCUAUGGUAUCCGGAUAUAGUCAAGCAGGGGAAGUUGAGACUGCUAGAAGGCUGUUUGAUCAGAUGGAUCAGAGAGACAUAGUUUCUUGGACAGCCAUGAUAAGUGGUUACUCUCAAGCAGGGCAGUUUAGGGAAGCACUUGAACUUUUUGGAGAGAUGGAAUCUCUGAACAUACAACCGGAUGAAGUAACAAUCGUUGCCAUUCUUUCAGCCUGUGCAGGGCUUGGUGCAUUGGAUUUUGGUAGGAGGAUUCAUGGACAGUUCAUAGGAAAUGAGUUAUUUGGUAGAAAUAUCUUUGUUACUACUGCAGUAAUAGAUAUGUAUGCAAAAUGUGGUAGUAUUGAUACUGCUCUAGAUAUUUUCUAUAGAAUACCGAAGAAUUUGAAGACUGUUUCCCUCUUCAAUUCCAUGAUUUCUGGUCUUGCUCAGCAUGGUUUUGGUAAGAAUGCUGUAGAUGUUUUCAGAGAAAUGGAAUUGAUGAGGUUAAAACCCGAUAGAGUUACAUUUGUGGCAACAUUGUGUGCUUGUAGCCAUUGUGGCUUAGUUGAAGAUGGUAAGGAGCUGUUUGAGUCAAUGCUGAAUGUCUAUGGUAUCAAACCAGAGAUGGAACAUUACGGUUGCAUGGUUGAUCUUCUUGGAAGAAAUGGUCGCUUGGAUGAAGCUUUUAGUUUGAUUCAGAGUAUGCCAUAUGAGGCUAACUCUAUAAUAUGGCGAGCGCUCUUGGGUGCUUGCAGGCUACAUGGUUACACAGAAAUAGGUAAAAUUGCGGGGUGUAAACUCCUUGAAGUGGAGCCUAAUCAUGGAGCUCACUAUGUCUUGUUGUCUAAUUUGCUUGCCAAUACCAAUCAAUGGGAAGAAGCUAGAAAAGUGAGGAAACUGAUGGACAGUAAAGGCAUCCAAAAGCCGGCAGGGUGGAGCUAUAUUGAGUUUAAUGGAGCUCUUCAUCGGUUCCUGGCGAGCGAGAAAUCUCACCCAAAAGCAAAAGAGAUUGAGUUGAUGCUCAAGGAAAUGACUAUGAGACUGAGAACUGCUGGUUAUGUCCCAAACACAGCACAAGUGGUGUUUGAUGUAGACGAGGAAGAGAAGGAAACAGUAGUUUCAUAUCACAGUGAGAAAUUAGCACUAGCUUUUGGGUUGAUGAAUUUCAGACCAGAAGAAACAAUAAGAAUCAUAAAGAAUCUUCGCAUUUGUGUUGACUGUCACUCGGCCUUUAAGCUCCUUUCAGAAAUUUAUGAAAGGGAAAUCAUGGUUAGAGAUGCAAUCAGGUUUCAUCAUUUCAAGAAUGGAACUUGCUCUUGCAUGGAUUUCUGGUAAAUUUUUAAUCAAUACAAUGGCAUACCUUGUUCUUGACAAUUGACUUCAGUUCUGUCUCCGAACAUUCUCUGGUU